CGCGCCAUGUCCUCCACGGAGAGCUCCGGCCGCACGGCGGACAAGUCUCCGCGCCAAAAGGUGGACCGUCUGCUCGUGGGGCUGCGCUGGCGGCGCCUGGAGGAGCCGCUGGGCUUCAUCAAAGUUCUUCAGUGGCUCUUUGCUAUUUUCGCCUUCGGGUCCUGCGGCUCCUACAGCGGGGAGACAGGAGCAAUGGUUCGCUGCAACAACGAAGCCAAGGACGUGGGCUCCAUCAUUGUUUUGUUCGGCUAUCCCUUCAGGUUACACCGGGUCCAGUACGAGAUGCCUCUCUGUGAUGAUGACUCCGCCUCCAAGACCAUGCACCUCAUGGGGGACUUCUCUGCCCCUGCUGAGUUCUUUGUGACCCUUGGCAUCUUUUCCUUCUUCUAUACUAUGGCUGCCCUAGUCCUAUAUCUACGUUUUCACAAACUCUACACAGAGAACAAGCGCUUUCCACUGGUGGACUUCUGUGUGACUGUCUCCUUCACUUUCUUCUGGCUGGUAGCUGCAGCUGCCUGGGGCAAGGGCCUGACCGAUGUCAAAGGGGCCACACGGCCAUCCAGCCUCACUGCAGCCAUGCCAGUGUGUCACGGAGAGGAAGCAGUGUGCAGUCCAGGAGCCACACCCUCCAUGGGGCUGGCCAACCUCUCUGUGCUCUUCGGCUUUAUCAAUUUCUUCCUGUGGGCCGGGAACUGUUGGUUUGUGUUCAAGGAGACCCCGUGGCAUGGACAGGGCCAGGACCAGGGCCAGGGCUCCAGCCAGGAGAGCGCAGCUGAGCAGGGAGCUGUGGAGAAGCAGUAAGCAGCCCCGGUCUGGCUACUCCCGAACUGGACAGCACCUCUUCAAUACCUCCGGCUUCCAGGACCUGCCUCUUCCUCUUCUGCCAGCUCCCUUCCCCCACCAUUCUGGGCUUUGGACUUUGAGAUGUUGGAUAGGAAGGCAUUGCCUGUCUGGGCAACCCUCCCAGUGGCUUCCUGUUCUCUUGCUGGAGCCCCUGAUGGCAGGAGCUCAGUGCUUCUUGCCUACCGCCAGGACCUAGGUAUCUUACUUAGAGUCCUACUUGUACCUCCCACCCUCUGAGUACCAGACUCUGCUGCAGGUGAGAGCUGGGGGCAGCAGGCCAGAGCCCUGAGACCGGCCCCUAACAGCUUUAGUGUAGUUGCAGGGUGGGGUUGGGGGGUUCCUCAUGGUCCAUGUCCCAGAGCCCAGUGCUUCUCCUUUACUUCUUUGGCCUCCGUUUGCUCACAAAGCCUACCAUGUAUGAACAAAAGAGGCCCACCAUCCUAGAAAGGGCCCUUAGAGGGUCCACAUGAGGCCUGGACUCAACCAGAGCAGAUAAACUGCAAGUGAGUUGCAACUUUAAGGAAGAAAGCCAAGAAACUUAUUUGCAGAAUCUUUUUUUUUUUCCUAUUCCCUGAGCACCCCGCCCCUAGCCACUGGUGCACUGUCUUAUCUACCAGCAUUCUAAACUCUACUUACUAUAGAAACUCCUUACCUUUCUCCCUGCCCUUCUUGGGCUUGGUCUCAUCUCACACUUGGGAUACAAGAUGAGAGGCUAGGAGUGUAGCCAUUUCAUCCCCUCCCUCCCCCACCUCUCAGCCCAUCUCCCUUCCCCAGCCUCUUGGGUCUGAAGCAUUCAAGAUCCUUUUUGAAGUCUGUCCAGACCUUCCUUUUAUUCCUGUGGGCCUAGAUAGGGGAUUUGGAAGGGCCCAAAGGACCAUCACGAGGCUAAGGUAUCCCAGCGUCCCAGAACACGGAUGGAUGGGCCCAUUUCACCCUACUCUGCUCAUACCCAUUCCCCCACUCCUGCUCCUUCUCCUGUUCUCAUUUCAUAUGCCCCCUUCUCGGCUUUACAGAAUAAUGUACCCUCCCCUGUCCCUCCCAGUCCUCUCCGUCUUCUUCCUUUCUGCCAGGCUCUAUCCCCUCCCCAGUCCAGGGCAGGCCGAUGCUACUGGUGCUUCUUCAUUUCGGGACCCAGCUCCAUAUCUGUAUUUGGUGUAUGUCCUCUUCCUGAAACCUCUUUCAGUCUCUCUCUGGGCCCCAAGGCCUGAGAGUCCUAACUGGGUAAGGACUACCUGCCUACUACUCACCUCAAAACACCUCAAUCUGCCCUGGCCCUCGGGCUGCUCAUGAUGAAGAGGGAAGAGUCCAAUCAUUUUCCAAUCCAAUGCUGACUGGCCCACUUAGCAUCCCAAAGGUCAAUGUGUUCUGUGCCAAUCUCUCCUCAGGACUGAGUCAACCCCCUUCGACCUCCUUACUUCCCUCCCUGGCAUUCAUAGUAACAUGUGCCUUACUGGUGUACUUGGGGUUUAGGACCUUUGAGUUAGGGCCAAUCAUUUCCUCUGUGGGUCAGAAUUUCCCCCCAUUUGACAGGAGGAGUGUGAGAUUUACAUCUUCAAAUUCUCCAGAGGUCUUCAGUAAAAGAACUCGAUAUCUUGUUUUCUGUUUUGGGAAAGGAUUUGAGGAGAGAAGAAAGGGAUGAGAAUGUUCCUAAGUCUGAAACUCUCUCUCUGUCCUGAGCUGUUCCUAAGAAUGAGGUGGGACAGUUUGGUCUACAGCUCCAGAGACACAGAGAACAAAGGGGUGAUUUUCAUUUUUCUUCAAGCCAACCCCUGUGGGGGUCUGUGUGCAGCUUCUACCAGAAUUUUGUUUGGAUUCUGUGUCUGUAUUUAUAAUUUACUUGAAAUGUAAUGGAUAAAGUGUUCUCAUUUGGGGGCUGAAGUUAGCAACUGGCCCUUCAGCUAGGGAAAGAGAAGAGGAAACUCACUCCUGCCGAGAACUCCCAGUCCAGAAUUCUUUGGGGGAAGAGAAGGUCCUUCCUCUUCCUCAGGAGGCUGGCUGAUUCUCAGCCAGAGAACCUUGAUUUAGGCUAUGGCCUCUGCAUGGCCACCCUAAGAGGAAAGGCCAGUUUACCUCAUUACUUCCAGAGGGCUGGUCUGGACAAAGUGCCAAGGGCAGAGCUGUCCUCAUAGAACUCAUGUUCCCUCCAAACAAGGCUGGCAUCACUGCUUUGCCUAGUGGGGCCUGAAGUAGGAGAAGGUGUCUGAUUUCUUCAGCUGCUGCAGGAAGCCAACAGGCAAGGCACUUGCCCUUUGCCCUGGAAGAUUCUGACCCUGCCAAGUGCCCACCUAGGAUCUUUCCUCCACAUGAAACCCUUUGAAUAUUGUGGCUCCUACUUUUGGGACUAUAGAUCGAGGGUGGGGGGGAAUAUUGCAUGUUGUUUUCAGGUGCUUGUUAUUACACAUUUGAAUAAACAGUGCUGCAAGCAUUUGCCAUGGAAUCCUUCAGGGAAUUUUUCCCUCUUUUCCUCUCCCUUGCUUUAAGGUCUUAGACAACUAUCAACAUUUCUCCCAAGAUAUCAUUCCACUCCUCUCCUUUCUGCAACCAAGUAGAGUCUGCUGGCUGAGCAGUUGCUUCUAGCAGGCCCCAGUCUGGUGACUUCACCUCUUUUGGUCCAAAAAUUAG